GUCGCUUGCCUGCGGCCUCCAGUGCCCCGGGAGCUUCACCCGAGUGUGACACCGACGUAUCGCCACGAAAACCAUGUGGGCACGGCUGGUAGUGGCGCUGGUGGCGGUAUCUGGGAGCAGGGCCUGGUACCAGCUGAUCCCCGGGGUCGGCUACUACCAGUUCAACGCCGCCGACACGUGGAUCCGGGCGCAGGAUGCGUGUGUGUCGCGGGACUCGGCACUGGCCGUGCCCACCACACCCGAGAAGCUGCGAGCUCUCGGAGAUGUGCUGGUGGGGCGCGGCAGCCGCUACGCCCAUGCUGGGUUCCACCAGCUCUUCCAGCCCGGGCAGUACCUCACCGUAUACGGCGAGCUGCUGAACGAGACAGGACCACUCACGUGGGAGAGGGGCGCCCCACUGCCUGGUCCUGCCUACAGCUGCGGGGCGGUGUCGAGCAGCGGCGAGCUGGCCGUGCUGGAGUGCGACGGGAAGCUGCCAUUCGUUUGCGAGAACGAGCUUUGGUCGGAGUAUGAGCACUUGGCCGGCGUGGGCUACUACAAGCUGUACACGAGCGGUGAGAACUGGGCGGACGCCAGGCGCCGCUGCGCCCAGGACGGCGCCCACCUGGCGGUGCUCGGCUCUGGAGCCGAGGCGGUGGCUCUUGGGAGGCUGCUGGCGCGCUUCCCCACGCUCAACAACACCGACCACGACAGCCGCGCGCUGCUGGGCUUCCACGCGCUUUACGCCACGACCCGCUCCCGUCGCCCCAGGCUGCGCACCGUGACGGGCCAGAUGCUGGACCAUGCUGGCUACACGAGGUGGAAGCGGGGUCAGCCCUUUCUGGGCACCUCCUGGCACUGCGGCGCUAUGACCCGGGACAUAGAGCUAGUGAUGGUGUCCUGCUCGCACAAGUAUGCCUUCAUAUGUGAGCACGAGCUGUGAGGAUGCCACAUCGUCGAUGCACUCCCAGAAGCACGUGGUGACUGAGCGCCCAGCACCAACGUUUUUGCUGUACACCAGCACUUCUGAUAACUAUCACAAUUUAUGUCAAUGCACUUGGGAUUCACAUAACAUGGACAUAAAUUAGAUUUUUUUGCAAAAAUCUUUAUAACCUAUAACUUUAGUACGUAAAAAAAUAACUUAGAAUCACACAAGCCAGAACCAUCAUAACUGAGAACAAUCAUAGCUCAGAAAUACAUGACUUAUGGCUGUCACAACAGAGGAACAUCGCAAAUUAGAAAAAUAUAACAAAGAAAUUGUUGUAUUCAUACAUUUAAAGUGCAGUUAAGUUUAAAAUGUUAUUUAUUUCUUAUUGAUGUGUUUGUUGAUUUAUAAGAAACAUUGGGUAUAUGGACAGUAAUUGUUUUAACUAGCUAUGCUUCUACUGUUGACCUACUCUAUAAUAUCAACUGAACAAGAUCAUCUUUCAAUAGCAAGACCCCUAUAGGUAGCAAUUGAACACUGUAACUGAACGAUGAAAUUAACUUAUUUAUAUUAA